AUGCUUUCCCCGGAGAAUACAUUCCGACUUUGUGGAGAGCUGGAUAUGCCCUCUCAAAAUCGGCUGGGACCUCUCCUCGGACCCAUUCAAAGCUGCGGGGAGGCCGAGGAAGCUUUUGGAAGGGUUUGGCUGGGAUACGUACAUCAUCUACUGUCACGUCCAACUGCCGCGUGCGCGACGGCAACAAGUCCAUCUUCGGCGCGAAUCCCUUCACCCCCGAGAUCGCGCACAUCAUCCCUCAUUCUGCUAGUAAUUUCAGCGGGGGGUUUGUUCUGGUCGCUUGUGGAGAUGUUUUUGGGGAUGAGGGGCAUAGAGGAGUUGAAGAUGUCUAUGCCUAUAUGGCCGUCUGUAACGUCCGGUUAUACAUUCCAACACUAUUCGGCUGGAAGGGCUUGUCUUUCGAGGACUGGAUUUAUUCGACCGUCUUCAUCGGCAUCCCCUUAUGUGGCUGUGGCUGAGGUAAGCUGCCUAUGCACAGAGUCAAGGUAUGGGGGCUUCGGUUCUUCCUUCUCGCCCACCCACUCCGCAAAUACAAAAACAACCCCCCGGAAGCCCUCCAUCAGUGAGGCUCAUCUGGGUCCGGGUCUGGUUCUGCGGGUUUAG